AUGUACAGCUUGGUUAUCCAGGACUGUCGAGGGAGGACGACUGGAUUAUUGGCAUCGAAGGAGAAAGACGAGUUGGAUAUUCUUUCUCGAGAUCUCCAUAAUCGAGUUUCGUCGUCGCAAUACGCGCGUGCGGUAGAACCACCCAUCCAAGCUCCCGGGGCUCAUGACGUGUCGUUAAAGAUGUGUACGGCUCGGCAUAAUCUUGACGGCUCACAACAUGCCUCCUAUUCGCCAAUUUUAACCGUUUCUGGUCGAUCGCGUCCUUCGUUCAGCCAAAAGCCCAAUCAUGAUUCGCGAAGAAAAAUGCAUCGCUGUCACCAGCCUACUAGCGAUGUAUCAAGAACUUUGCGGGUUUUGCCAUACGAGAACAGAUGCAAGGCAUCGUUACUAGUUACUACUAGCAGAGUAACGCUUCACACCGGUGGUCAGCUAACAUCAUGA